UGUGGGUGCCGCUGAGCAAGAUGGAGCUGUCUGCAGUGGGCGAGCGGGUCUUCGCGGCCGAAUCCAUCAUCAAGCGGCGGAUCCGAAAGGGACGCAUCGAGUACCUGGUGAAAUGGAAGGGGUGGGCGAUCAAGUACAGCACUUGGGAGCCCGAGGAGAACAUACUGGACUCGCGGCUCAUUGCAGCCUUCGAGCAGAAAGAGAGGGAGCGUGAGCUGUAUGGGCCCAAGAAGAGGGGACCCAAACCCAAAACUUUCCUCCUGAAGGCCCGGGCUCAGGCCGAGGCACUCCGCAUCAGCGAUGUACACUUCUCUGUCAAGCCGAGCUCCAGCGCCUCCUCGCCCAAGCUGCACUCCAGCGCAGCAGUGCACAGACUCAAGAAGGACAUCCGCCGCUGCCAUCGCAUGUCCCGCCGCCCCCUGCCCCGCCCAGACCCCCAGGGGGGCAGCCCAGGCCUGCGUCCCCCCAUCUCACCCUUCUCCGAGACUGUGCGUAUCAUCAAUCGCAAGGUGAAGCCUCGGGAGCCCAAGCGGAACCGCAUCAUUCUGAACCUAAAGGUGAUCGACAAGGCCCCGGGUGGAGGGACUGCGGGGCAAGGGCCCGGGACCCUCGCCCGCCCCAAAGUCCCCUCUCGGAACCGCGUCAUCGGUAAGAGCAAGAAAUUUAGUGACAGCAUCCUGCGCACCCAGAUCCGCCACAUGAAGCUCGGGGCCUUCGCGCUAUACAACAAACCCCCACCAGCCCCUUUGUGUCCCCCACCCACGGGCAAGGCCGACACUGCUGUUCCCCAGGGUCCCGGGCUGCUCCUAGGCGCCCCCGCUGCUCCCUACGAUGCCCGCAGCUCCAGCUCCUCCGACUGCCCCUCACCAACUCCACAGUCCUCUGACCCUGAUGAUGUGCCCCCCAAGCUGCUGCCGGAAACCCUGAGCCCAUCAGCCCCCGACUGGCGUGAAGCUGAGGUACUUGAUCUGUCUCUCCCAGCCGAGUCGGCAGCCACCAGCAAGCGGGCACCCCCUGACGGUUCUGCUGCGUGCAGCCAGGCGCUCCCCACAGUCCCCGUGCCUGCCGGUGCCUCUUCCGAGCCUGAGGCCGGGGACUGGCGCCCCGAGAUGUCUCCCUGCUCCAACGUGGUCGUCACCGAUGUCACCAGCAACCUCCUGACCGUCACCAUCAAGGAAUUCUGCAACCCUGAGGAUUUUGAGAAGGUGGCAGCUGGGGUGACAGGUGCUACCGGGAUAGGUGGAGGCAGUGGGGCCAGCAAGUGAGGGGCUCCACCAAGGAGGGAACUUUGGGGGGCCUCCUGUCCAAAGUCGCCCUCUUGUUGCACCCUGCCCUCACCGCCUACGCUUUGCUUGUUCAGAUGGCUCCGUGUUGACCCUGGGAUGGGACUGGGCAGCUGG